AUGGGCGGCGGACCGGAAGGUUACCGCACGGUAGCAUAUUACGUGAACUGGGCUAUCUACGCCCGCAAGCACCGGCCCCAGGAUUUGCCGGCUGAGAAGUUGACCCAUGUUCUCUAUGCCUUUGCCAACGUCCGCUCAGACACCGGCGAGGUCCAUCUCACCGACACAUGGGCCGACACGGACAUCCACUGGGAAGGUGACAGCUGGAACGAUGCUGGCACCAACCUGUAUGGCUGCUUGAAGCAGCUGAACCUCCUGAAGAAGCGAAACCGCAAUCUGAAGGUUCUCUUGUCAAUUGGCGGAUGGACAUACUCGGCCAAUUUCCGAGGGCCAGCUUCCACGCCAGCUGGCCGAGACACUUUUGCCAAGUCAGCAGUCGCAUUGCUCAAGAACCUCGGCUUCGACGGAUUGGACAUCGACUGGGAAUAUCCCCAGAAUGCCUCCGAGGCUGCCGACUUCGUGGCUCUGCUCCAAGCAUGCCGCUCAGAAAUGGACGCCUACGCCGCCACUCUGCCGAGCAGACCCCAUUUCGAGCUGACAGUAGCCUGUCCGGCCGGCCCGCAAAACUACGAGAAGCUCAACCUCCCUGCCAUGGACAGGCUGCUUGACUUCUGGAACCUGAUGGCCUACGACUACGCAGGCUCGUGGGACGCUGUAGCAGGCCACCAGGCCAACCUGUACAGCUGCCACAGCAACAAGGCGUGCACGCCGUUCAGCACGGAUCACGCCAUCAGGUACUACACCAGUCACGGCGUGGCGCCAAACAAGAUCGUCGUGGGCAUGCCACUGUACGGACGGGCCUUCGAGAACACCGACGGUCUCGGCAAGCCGUACAGUGGCACCGGCGACGGCACCUGGGAGCGCGGCGUGUACGACUACAAGAAGCUGCCGCUACCGGGCUCGCAAGAGCAUCAUGACCAUGAGGCGGGCGCGAGUUUCUGCUAUGAGCCUGGCAAGAAGACCUUGGUGAGCUACGACACGGUUGAUAUGGCGAGGAAGAAGGCGGAUUAUGUGAGGCAUCAGGGAUUAGGAGGAGCAAUGUGGUGGGAGAGCAGCGCUGACAAGGACGGCCCUGAAAGUCUGAUUGGAAAUGUUGUCGAUGCGCUUGGAUGUCAGAAGGCACUCAGAUGGGAAGAGAACUGCUUGGAAUACCCAGAGACGAAGUAUGACAACCUGAAGAAGGGUUUCCCUGACCAGUAG